AUGCCGUCUUUUAUGAAGUUCGCUACCGCGGCUCUCGCCGUGGCUGCUCCUCUCGUCUCUGCUCAGACUUACUCGGACUGCAACCCCCUCAAGCAGUCCAACUGCCCUGCUGAUAAGGGCUCCACCGAAUCAACUUUGCACUUCGACUUCACUCAGGCCAGUGCCCUCGAGCAGUGGAAAACUACCGCUGGUACCGUUAACACUGGCGCUAAUGGCGCCGAAUUCACUCUCGCCAAGAAGGGUGAUGCUCCCACCAUCCGUAGCAACUUCUACAUCUGGUAUGGAGAAAUUUCCGUCGAGAUGAAGUCUGCUCCUGGUACCGGUGUGGUCAGCUCUAUUGUUCUGGAAUCUGAUACUUUGGACGAAGUUGAUUGGGAGGCUCUUGGCGGAAACAACGCCCAGAUUGAGACCAAUUACUUUGGAAAGGGUGAUACCUCUACCUAUGACCGUGACACUUGGCCCAAUGUCGCUACCCCUCACGAUGUUUUCCACACUUACACCGUUAAGUGGACCAAGGACCAAAUGAUCUGGUCCGUUGAUGGCAACGUCGUCCGCACUCUCAACUACGCCGAUGCUCAGGGCGGUGCUCGCUUCCCCCAGACCCCCAUGGAUAUCCGCAUUGGUAUCUGGGCUGGUGGUGACUCUGGCAACGGCCAGGGUACCAUUGACUGGGCUGGUGGUUUGACCGACUACUCCAAGGCUCCUUUCUCCAUGUACAUCAAGAGCGUGACCAUCAAGAACGACAACCCCGCCCAGUCCUACUCUUACAACGGCAACUCUGGCAACGCCGACAGCAUCCAGGUUAACGGUGCCGGUGUGACUGCCCGCUCUACCACCUCCUCCGAGCCCGCCUCUACCUCCACCCAGGCUUCCACCUCGGCCUCCACUGCUGCCUCUACUGAGGCCUCCACCUCCGCUGCUACCACUCUGGCCACCUCCGCUGCUACUACCCUGGCCACCACCACCCAGGGCUCCUCCACCGCCAAGUCCACCGAAGCCUCCUCCACUGCUGGCUCCAGCUCUGGCGUCUCCCCCAGCAGCUCUGGUGCUGCCGGUUCCUCUGGCGCCAGCAGCGCCAGUGCCAGUGCUAGCUCCAGCCCCGCUUUCAAUGCGGCCUCCUCCCUUGCUUCCAACUACCUCGGACCGAUCUCCCUCAUGGGCCUGAUCACCGCCAUGCUCCAGCUGUGA